AGCUUUUUCUAUUCUACUGGACAUUUGACACACCCUAUUCUCUUUUCUUGUUCUUGUUUAUCUUUAUUUUCAAGUGAGCAGGUUGAUGAGUAACUGUUGGACGAGUGAUGCGGGCAUAGUCCAUUUUCUUCCAUCCUGUAGCAGUGUUGUCCCCAUUCGAAGUUCCUUCACAAAAAAGUAGAGGGUAAGAAUUCUAUGGAGACAUUGUUGGAUGUGCGAAAUUGAGAUGUGUAGGGUUAUUCCCAACAGAAAAGACGAAAUUAAGGACAUAUCUAAUGCUCAGUUCACUUGUUGAUGUUCUUCUUGGUCAAAACAUUGAUAAACCCAUCAGAGAUGCUGCUCUGUAUCUUCCAUCUGAUCCUGUUGAUUUGCUAUUUCUACUAGGGAAGAAAAGAUCCCUUGAUAUGGGAUUCUCUUCUUGUCAAUUAGCAGCUUUGCUGAUUUUAAAUGCAAGUUCUUUGUAUGAUGAUAGGCUUGCAGAUGAGAAGCUGGUUUUAUCUUCCUUGGAACAGUUUAUUCUUGUAAAUGGUAGUGACUUUCUACAUGGAAUUGAUUCAUUGAUGAUGAUGCAACUGGUAAAUCUUUUUGGUUUCUAUCGAGGUGUUGGGAUGAUGAAUUACUGAAUUCCCUUUAGUUCAGAAGCUGAGAGGAUUAUGUUCCAUCUGUUGACUGAAAAAGAAUGGGAUUUGUCUUCCUACAUAAUUCACUUUGUAGUUGGUAUCACUAAAAUGGUUGUUUCAAUAAGAAAAAAAAUCAGCAAGCAACUGUCUUCUCAAAUCCUAAAAUUCUGCAGACUCAAUAGCGGAAAUAGUGCUGACAUCAUUGUCCAAACGAAACAUAGCCAGACUUUUGAUGUUGAUAAUAUUGCAGAGUUGGUGAUAGCAGGGGAUAACUAUGUAGCAUCGCUUUUCAGCAAACUGAUUGGGCCUCUCAACUUUAGUAGUUGAUGGAUUUCCUGAUUACAGCACUGGAUGUGGAAGGCUGGACUUGUAAAGGUCUGCAAGUAAUUGGCAUCCUUUCUCUUGUUUUGCACCACUCAACCAACAAAGUCCUUCUAGAGGCUUCAAAAGCGCCAUUAUUUUCAAUACUACCUUGAUCACUUCAAUCAACAGCAUGAUUCGUACAGCCUGCUCAAAGGGACUUGCAUUGGUCGAUUGCGACGAGAAGACAGUGAUGGGGGAAACUCUGAUAUAUGUGCUUUUACUAUUCUACUUCUCUUUAAGAAGAUAACCAACUCUUUUGAAUACAAAUAUUAUCUUUGUGCUUUUUCUGCAAGCUAACACUUUCACUUGCUUUAGUUUGCAUGCAGUUCUACCAGAGCUUGUCGACUGGCAUCAUUUCAUGGACGGCUAAAAUCUGAUGCAGCAACUUUCCACUAUCACCAUCCAAUGCACUGAUUUGUGCAGGCUUAUGCAUUUUGGGCCUCCUACAGCGAAGCUUGUUGCUUCAUACUGCGUGUUAGAAUAUUUACCAGACUAACUGAACAAAUAAAUAGGAAACAUGAAGAGUUAGAAUGUUCAAUGGAUUAUCAAAUUUCUACUAUGGCUAUACUAGAUAACUAGAAGGCCUAGUUUUCCAGUGACAUCAGAGUGGGUAGGAACUGUGCCUUCUGCCUCUCAAUGAUAAUCGGGUGGGAAAAACUGGAAAUGAAGGAGACUAGAUUCAUUGCAAAGAAUAGGUGGUGCAGGUUGAUAGUAGAAGAGAUGGCAAUGUCUUUGGCAGUUCCAUACUUAGCUUCUAAGUCUUUCACGAAUCAUCACAAAUGCGUUGUUCACAUAACUGUUGCAUUGCUAAAGCUUCAGAAGGUUCCAAGGUGCCUGAGGUUGGUGUUUAAUGUUUGCUGCAUAUCCAAUAUAAUUGACAAUCUUUCAGCUAGCAACGUGAGUUCUGAGAUGAUUUUCUUAUUUCGAGAGCUGUCAAACAGUGAUUUUUUAAACACCAAGCAGAUUGGAACUCUAAAACAGACAGGUGAUGAUACUUGUCUUAGCUGUCAAGCAUUCUGUUCUGUACAUGCCAUACAAUUGCUAUUUUUCUCUUUGAACUCCUUGUCCCUUUGGCCAUGAAGUGAUGAAUUUUCUCACUCUC